AUGAAUAACAGUAAUGACUUAUAUGCUAAAGAGUUUGACACAGAUCCAGAUGUUAAUGGGAACAGUGAUUUUAUAAAUAAUAGUAAUAAUAAUAAUAAUAAUAAUAACAAUAGCAGCAUUGUUGAAGAUGGUGCUGAGGUCGAAAAACAUUUAUAUAAAGUAUUAUUAAUUGGUGACUAUGCAGUUGGAAAAACCUCAUUAAUCAAGCGUUACUGCACUGGUAUUUUCUCACCAAAUUAUAAAUUAACAAUUGGUGUCGAUUUUUCAGUUAAAGAUAUUGAGUGGGAAAAAAAUAAAGUGGUUAGUUUACAACUUUGGGAUAUUGCAGGUCAUGAAAGAUUUGGUACAAUGACAAGAGUUUAUUAUAGGUAUGCAAUUGCAGCAAUUAUAGUGUUCGAUUUAUCCAGACCAUCAACAUUUGAUGCAGUAACAAAAUGGAGAGAAGAUGUUAAUAGUAAAGUGGUUUUAGCAAAUCAAGAGCCAAUCCCAGUUCUUUUAUUAGCAAAUAAGAGCGAUCUUCCAACAUCGUAUGUAGAUAGUGAAAUGUUGGAUAACUUUUGUAAAGAGAAUAAUUUUAUUGGUUGGUAUGCAACAUCUGCUUUAAACAACGCAAACAUUGACGAAGCAAUGAGAUUUUUAACAAAAAAAAUUUUAGAAGUAGCUAAAACAAAUCACCCAGUUAAAGAAGAGGAUGGACUUUCAUUAAAUAAACCAAUUACCAACGAUCAAGAUACAAAUAAAAAAUCAUGUUGUAAAUAA